AUGGACGCCCCAUAUUUCUCUACAUCUCUACCUUCCAUCCUCCUCAUCUCCUUCUUCAUCAUCUUAACAGUACUACUACUUCCACCAUCUUACUGCAUCGACGAUGAUCUCUUCUAUGUGGAGUGCGGUCGUCCCUACAACUGUGGAAGCUUCAGAAACAUUCCGUUCCCUUUCUGGAUAGACGAUGGUCGGCCGGACUAUUGCGGGCGUAGGGAUAAGGGGUACGAGUUGAAGUGCUUCAAUAAUGAAUACCCUGUUUUGCAAUUUGAAGAGCUGAAGUUCCGGGUACUGAAUCUCAACCAGAGUACAAAUAAUAUGACCAUUGCAAGAAUGGACCUCUGGGGAAAUCUUUGUCCUGAAAAAAAGCAGACUACCGCGUUGAAUUACAACUUGUAUGAUUAUACUUCAACCGUUCAGAACCUAACUUUAUUCUAUCGCUGCCUUCAAGCCAGCCCUCGAAUAGAUCAUUUGAAUGCAGCCCAGGAGCUUGGAAUAAUGCUUACUUCGUAG